AUGAGCCGUUAUUUUCUCAAAGUAUUUUAUGCUCUGUUAUUCCUUUUAUUGCAUUCCUCGGGACUUAAAAUUGCUGCUGAGGUGAAGUGCAUAGAGAGGGAGAGACAAGCACUCCUCAACUUCAAACAAAGUCUCUUUGAUGAUUCUGGCAUCUUGUCAACAUGGAGGGACGGUGACAACAAUACAGAUUGUUGUAAAUGGAGAGGCAUACAAUGCCACAAUGAAACUGGUCAUGUACGCAUGCUUCAUCUUCCUGGUUCUCAUACACAAUAUUUGAAAGGUGUAAUCAAUCUCACUUCAUUGAUUGACUUGCAUAAUAUUCAACAUCUCGACCUCAGUUAUAAUAAUUUUCUGGUGAGUCACCUCCCAGAAGAACUCAUGGGCUCCUUGGCCAACUUAACAUAUCUCAAUCUCUCUUAUUCUGUAUUCAGUGGCAUGAUUCCAUCUACACUUGGAAAUCUUUCACAACUACAAUAUCUAGACCUCGGAGGGAAUUAUCUCUGUGGAGUAAUUCCUUUUCAGAUUGGCAAUCUCAGUCAAUUAAAAUAUCUUGAUCUUGGAUAUAAUGCUCUUUCGGGAGAAAUCCCGUAUCAAAUUGGGAAUCUCAAACAGCUACAAUUUCUUUCUCUUUCUGGAGGUAUCCCUUUUCAGGCAGGAAAUAUUCCUCUCUUGCACACUCUCGGGUUGGGUGGCAAUUUUGAUUUACAAGAUAAGGAUGCAGAGUGGUUCUCUAAUCUCUCUUCCUUAACAACUCUUCAACUCACUUCAUUACACAAUCUUAGUGCCUCUCGUCGCUUGCUACAGACUAUAAGUAAGUUUAUUCCAAACUUAAGACAGAUGAGUCUUGUUGAUUGUUCACUCUCAGAUGCUGACAUCAGAUCCUUGUUUUAUUCUCACUCCAACUUUUCCACUUCUCUUACCAUCCUUGGUCUUUCUUCUAAUCUGCUAACAUCCUCAACAUUUCAUUUGUUAUCUUCUCUUUUGCCAAAUUUUCCAUCUCUUAAGAUCCUUGACCUCUCUUAUAAUAAUCUUUCAUCAUCAAUAUUUCAAGGUAAUUUUAAUUUUGGAUCAAAACUGAAAGAGCUUCAUUUAGAAAACUGCAGUCUUACAGAUAGAAGUUUUACUGUUUCAUCUACUUCCACAAUGAAUUCCUCAUCUUCUCUUCUCUACCUUGAUCUCUCCAAUAACUUGCUGAAAUCAUUUGCUAUAUUUCAUUGGCUUUUUAACUUCACCACCGGUCUUAAUACUCUUUGCCUUAAUCAUAACUUGUUAGAAGGUCCGAUUCCAGAUGUAUGUGGAAAAACAAUGAACUCUCUUGAAGUUAUUGAUCUCUCCUAUAACAAACUACAAGGCAAGAUUCCAUCUUUCUUUGGGAAUAUGUGCAGAUUGCAGAGCUUAUACCUCUCAAAUAACAAGUUGAAUGGGAAAAUUUCUAGCUUCUUUCAAAAUUCCUCAUGGUGCAACAGACACGUAUUUCAGAAUUUGUAUUUAUCUUAUAACCAAAUUACUGGCAAGAUACCUAAAAGCAUCACAUUGCUAUCUGAGUUGGAGCAGUUAUCCUUAGGGAGUAAUUCUUUAGAGGGUGACGUCACUGAAUCUCAUCUUUCUAAUUUUUCUAAAUUAGAAUAUUUGUCCUUAUCACAAAACUCAUUGUCUGUAAAAUUGGUCCCUAGCUGGAUUCCUCCUUUUCGAUUAAGUUAUUUGGGCGUAGGAUCUUGCAAGCUAGGCCCGAGUUUUCCUAGUUGGCUCCAGACUCAAAGUUCCUUGAUUUAUCUGGAUAUAUCUGAUAAUGGGCUUAAUGGUUCCGUACCAGAAUGGUUUUGGAACAUGCAAUUUUUUUACUCGUUGAAUAUGUCUCACAAUAAUCUCACUGGUACUAUUCCUAAUAUACCAUUGGAGCUUCAUGCUGUACCGUCAAUAAUUUUGAAUUCAAAUCAAUUUGAGGGCAGCGUUCCAUCAUUUUUGCGUCAAGCUUCAGAGUUGUUGCUCUCUGAAAAUAAAUUUUCAGACUUGUCUUCAUUCUUAUGUGACCAAAGGACAGUUGCAAAGUUUGGCAUUUUAGAUUUAUCAAAGAAUCAAAUAAAAGGACAACUUCCAGAUUGUUGGAAAUCUGUUGACCAAUUACUGUUUCUUGAUUUAAGCAACAAUCAAUUGUCAGGGAAGAUUCCUAUCUCCAUGGGCACCCUUGUUAAAUUGGAAGCUUUGAUUUUAGGAGGCAAUAGUUUAAUGGGUGAAUUGCCUUCAACUUUGAAAAAUUGCAGCAAUUUAUUUGUGCUGGAUGUGGAGGAAAACUUGUUGUCUGGUCCAAUACCAUCAUGGAUUGGAGGAAGCAUGCAGCAAUUGAUAAUCUUGAUAAUGCGAGGGAAUCACUUCUCUGGAAAUCUUCCUGUUCAACUCUGUUCUUUAAGGCAUAUUCAAAUGUUGGACCUUUCGAGGAAUAAGUUGUCAAAAGGAAUUCCAACAUGCAUAAAGAAUUUUAUUGCAAUGUCUGAAAAAAGCAUAAAUAAAAGUGAAACUUAUAGCCGUAUAUAUGAAUAUGAUAUCACUUACUAUGAUUUUUAUGGUCCCUUCUCUUUUGAUGAUUAUAAGCUUGACAUCACAUGGAUGUGGAAAGGAUUGGAACAACAAUUCAAGGAUCCCGAAUUGAAUCUUAAUAGCAUUGAUCUCUCAUGUAACAAUUUAACAGGUAAAAUACCAAGAGAGAUCGGAUAUUUGCUUGGCUUAGUUUCUUUGAAUUUAUCGAGAAACAAUUUGAGCGGAGAAAUUCCUUUUGAAAUUGGAUAUUUAAGUUCACUUGAUUUCCUUGACUUAUCAAGAAAUCAUUUUUGUGGGAGAAUUCCAUCUUCUCUCACACAAAUUGAUGGUUUAGGAAAAUUAGACUUGUCACACAAUUCUCUCUCAGGAAGAAUCCCAUCGGGAAGACAUUUCGAGACCUAUGGUGCCUCUAUUUUUGAAGGAAAUAAUGAUCUUUGUGGAGAGCAAGUUAACAAAAGUUGUCCCGGAGAUGAGACAAUAGUGAAGCCUCAAGAACAAGCUGUGCAUGAAGAAGAUUCUGUUUUCUAUGAAGCAUUGUACAUGAGCUUGGGGAUAGGAUACUUUGUAGGCUUUUGGGGCUUAAUAGGAACAAUACUAAUUUGGAAACCUUGGAGAAUUGCCUACACGAGGUGCUUGAACAGAAUUACGAACUGGGUAACAGUGUAGUGAAUGUGACAAAGUUCUGUCAGUGGCUCAAGGCUAGGCUAGCAGGUAUACUAUUUCAACAUGUAUGAGUUCCUUGAUCUUUGAUCCAUGCCUCUGUCUCAGAUAAUGGAAGCUAUGAAUUAACUGCUUUGUGGACAGCUGUCCCUAUUGAUGCGAGGAUGGAAUCUGGAAGAGGUCUGUUUCUACAUGGGUGGCCAGAAUUUGUAAGCGUCCAUUACUGUUAGCACCGAGUUAGAGCAGCAAACUUUAAGGAAAAAGGGCUAUAGGAGUAUUAUAUAAAAAAGGAAGGGGUCAAAGUAUACCAAAUCGAUAGGAGGUUAGGAGGGCUAAUUAGUUCAGUUUUGUAUUCCCUAUAAAUAAGUCGUGUGUCAAGUAAUGAGGGGAACUUCAGAAUAUUUUGUAAGGUUUCACCGUGAAGGAGAAAGCUCCAUAGAGGAUAUAUUUGUAUAACAUGGUUCUUGGUUUGUAAUCAGUUUUCUGUAAUAAAGAAAGGAAAUAUAGAAUCUUUUUCUGUGUGCAA